AAAUACUCGAGUCUUCUCUGUGGAAAAGUUGUUGUGUGUAAGUGUGAAGAGAAGAGAAUGGUAGUAGGAUUGAAUGUGCCUCAGCCAUUUCUGUCACCAGUUUGCAAGACGGCACCUUACCCACUUGAUCUCAUCGCCACCGCCGCGUCCCUCCACUUCGGCCACCUUCUCCGCCGCCGCGCGACCCACCAUCUCCGCCUUGGGGUUCUUCUUCACUCCUGUUUCAAGAAACUCGCUCCUUUAACUCACAUUUUUAGAUUGAACGAUAAGUGGUGUCAAAGAUGCUUUCAACUCAAUGGGUUGAACUAUCUUCAACUGUCAACCGGUGAUUUGACUUCCUCAUGGUCAACUAGUUUCUCUUUCUUUAAUGGGGGAGGAGAUGGAGGCCGCCGCUAUGGAAAGGCUGGGAUGUCCAACUCCAAGAUGUCUGGAAAAGAUCCAUUUAAUGGAAGGAAAUGGACAGAAAUUCUCCUUGCUGCCAAUGUUUUAUUUUAUAUUGCACAACUUGCAACCCAAGGCAAGCUAUUAUUGUGGGGAGCAAAGAUAAAUAGUCUAAUUGACAAAGGACAACUUUGGAGACUUGCCACGUCUUCCUUUUUGCAUGCCAACAUCGGACACCUUUUGGUAAAUUGUUAUUCCUUGAACUCAGUUGGUCCUACUGUGGAGAGCUUCAGUGGCCCUCGGAGAUUUCUUGCAGUUUACUUUAUCUCUGCAAUUGCAAGUUCUGCUACGAGUUAUUGGUUCUGCAGAAUGCCUGCUGUAGGUGCAUCAGGAGCAAUUUUUGGACUAGUUGGAUCAGUUGCCGUAUUUGUAUUAAGGCACAAAGACCUUGUGGGAGGUGGUAAAAAAGAUUUACAACACAUAGCCCAAGUAAUUGCCCUCAAUAUGGUUAUUGGGCUAUUAUCCACUGGGAUUGACAACUGGGGACAUUUAGGAGGGUUGGUUGGUGGAGUUGCUGCAUCAUGGUUUAUUGGACCGGCAUGGAAACAUGAAUCCACAUCAAGUGAUGGAAGAAGACUUUUCAUUGACACUGCACCAAUGUAUAAACUCUUCAAGAUUAAAAGAGUACCUAAGCAAUGGAAAUAGAAACAUUUCAUUAUGUAUGGAAUGGAACUCAUAACUAAUCAUUGCUCGUUGUUUAUUGGUAAAAUGAUUCACUGCUGUGAGCUUCUCUUAAAAUACUUAAGAUUGUGGGGUUGUAGUACAAGUACCUGACACGUCUGAAUUAUUUUGUAUACUUUAAUAACCUUCACACUGGGACAUUGUAUUUAUAAAUUGUAUUUGUGUAAUUGGUAUCCUUCAUUUUCCCUCUUA